GGCCCGGGCGGCGCCGAGCCUCUUGGCGGGAGAUAGGAAAGUGCUUCUGUGCGCGCCGGCGGCGGCUGGAGUUCCUCUGGACGGACUGCGGGACCUGUGGACCCGCUGACGCCUCCGAGCGGGGCCCGAGGCCCGGAGCGGCCGGAGCAGCUCGUGUGUUGACCCCGGCCCGGCUCCCGCUCCGGGCUCAGCCAGCGGGCGGGCGAGCGCGGCGCGGCCCGGGCCGGGGGGAUGUCUCGGCGGACGCGCGGUGAGGAGCUGGAGGAGCUGCACUACCAGGACGUCGACUCUGACGUGCUGGAGCAGAGAGACAGCAAAUGCAAGGUCAAAUGGACCCAUGAGGAGGACGAGCAGCUGAGGGCCCUGGUGAGGCAGUUCGGACAGCAAGACUGGAAGUUCCUUGCCAGCCACUUUCCUAACCGCACGGACCAGCAAUGCCAGUACCGGUGGCUGAGGGUUUUGAAUCCAGAUCUUGUCAAGGGUCCAUGGACCAAAGAGGAGGACCAGAAGGUCAUUGAGCUGGUCAAGAAGUAUGGCACAAAGCAUUGGACGCUGAUUGCCAAGCACCUGAAGGGCCGGCUGGGGAAGCAGUGCCGUGAGCGCUGGCACAACCACCUCAACCCUGAAGUGAAAAAAUCUUGUUGGACUGAGGAGGAGGACCGCAUAAUUUGUGAAGCCCACAAAGUGCUGGGCAACCGCUGGGCUGAGAUAGCCAAGAUGCUGCCAGGGAGGACAGACAAUGCUGUGAAGAAUCACUGGAACUCCACCAUCAAAAGGAAGGUGGACACGGGUGGCUUCCUGAAUGAGUCCAAAGAUAGCCAGCCCCCCUUGUACUUGCUGCUGGAGCUAGAGGACAAGGACAGUCACCAGAGCACUCAGCCUGCAGAAGGCCAGGGAAGUCUUGUGACCAGCUGGCCCCCGGUACCCCCUGCUGUGAAGGAAGAGGAGGGCAGUGAGGAGGAGGCUGCAGCUGCUGCCACUUGUAAGGAGCAGGAGCCUGUCCCUACAGAGCUGGAUGAAGUGCAUACACCAGAGCCCUUGGAGGGAUUCCCUAAGCGUGAAGACCAGGAGGACUCCUCCCCAGAAACUAGCCUGCCCUACAAGUGGGUAGUGGAGGCAGCAAAUCUCCUCAUCCCUGCCGUGGGCUCCAGCCUCUCUGAAGCUCUGGACUUGAUUGAGUCGGACCCUGAUGCUUGGUGUGAUCUGAGUAAAUUUGACCUCCCUGAGGAGCCGUCAAUAGACGGCAGUAUUGACAGCAGCCCGGUGCAGCCCCAAGCAUCACAGCAGCUGCAGCAGCAACAGCAACAGCAGGCACUGCUGCCCCGCCAGUCCACUGUGCCAGGUCCCAGCGUGACUGAGUACCGCCUGGAUGGCCAUACCAUCUCUGACCUGAGUCGGAGCAGCAGGGGCGAACUGAUCCCCAUCUCACCCAGCACUGAGGUUGGCAGCUUGGGUAUUGGCACACCACCUUCAGUACUCAAGCGGCAGAAGAAGCGACGUGUGGCUCUUUCCCCUGUCACAGAGAAGAGUGCCAGCCUGUCCUUUAUGGACUCCUGUAACAGCCUCACCCCCAAGAGCACACCAGUCAAGGCCCUGCCCUUCUCGCCCUCCCAGUUUCUAAACUUCUGGAACAAACAGGACACCCUGGAGCUGGAGAGCCCCUCACUGACGUCCACUCCAGUGUGCAGCCAGAAGGUGGUAGUCACCACACCUCUGCACCGGGACAAGACACCCCUGCACCAGAAGCAUGCUGCGUUUGUAACCCCAGACCAGAAGUACUCCAUGGACAACACUCCCCAUACGCCAACCCCAUUCAAGAAUGCUCUGGAGAAGUAUGGACCACUGAAGCCCCUGCCCCAGACCCCACAUCUGGAGGAGGACUUGAAGGAGGUGCUACGCUCUGAGGCCGGCAUCGAGCUCAUCAUGGAAGACAAUGCUAGGCCUGAGAAGCAGAAGAGGAAGCCUGGAGGGCGUCGGAGCCCUGUCAAGAAAGUCCGGAAGUCUCUGGCUCUUGACAUUGUGGAUGAAGAUGGAAAGCUGAUGAUACCCACACUGCCCAAGACUCUGUCUUUGCCGACAAAUGUCCCAUCAAGCUCUUCCAGCCUCACCCUGCCAGGUAUCAAAGAAGACAACAGUCUGCUCAACCAGGGCUUCCUACAGGCCAAGCCCGAGAAGGCGGCAGUGGCCCAGGAGCCCCGGAGCCCCUUGCCAGCCCCAGCCCCUAUGACCAGCGCCUGGAAGACGGUGGCCUGCGGGGGGACCAGGGACCAGCUCUUCAUGCAGGAGAAGGCCCGGCAGCUCCUGGACCGCUUAAAGCCCAGCCACACAUCUCGGACCCUCAUUCUGUCCUGAGGGACUUGGAGGGCACGAGCCUGUUCUCAUGUUUACAGGGGUUCUGAAUUGAGAGUCACACCCAGGUGACUAUCUACAGGGAACCCUCGGCCACCAGCCCCUCGUCAGACUGCUUAGGUGGCAGCAGAAAGGCCACACACUGUCAUGUCUUGAAAUUCAGCUGCAGGUGGUUCCUGGUGCUAACACAACAAAGUCCCACUCCUGGACCUGCCUGUCCCCUCCCUCCCAGUGCCACAGGGAGCCUUGUUAGCUUCCCCAAAACUCUGGUCAGGCCUGGCCUCAUCUCAGACCCCUGCUUAAGUCAGGGGAUGUGGCCAGCAUGAGCCUUUCCUCAAACCUUCUUGGUACAUUCUCUUGAAAGAAUAAAAUUGUCCUUC